CCAGGAGCCAGUUUGCUAAAUUUUUGUCCCAGUCCAUUGGGAUUGCUGGGCUGUGGGAGUCCCCAGGAAGGUUUGUGGUGACGCCUAAGUGCCAGCCCAGGUGGAGGCACGUCAGCAAGCCAUUCUCAGGAACUUUUGCCACGGGUGUAAAGGACUCCAGAACUGCAAAGAUGCUGAAACAGAUACUAGCGGAGAUGUACAUAGAUCCUGAUCUAUUGGCAGAGCUCAGUGAAGAACAGAAACAGAUCCUGUUCUUCAAGAUGAGGGAGGAACAGAUCCGACGAUGGAAAGAAAGAGAAGCAGCCAUGGAAAAAAAGGAGUUCCUGCCAGUGAAAUCCAGACCAAAGAAAGAGAAUGGUAAAUCGGUCCAUUGGAAGCUGGGAGCCGACAAGGAAGUCUGGGUCUGGGUGAUGGGUGAGCACCACCUGGAUAAACCCUACGACAUGCUCUGUGAUGAAAUCAUCGCGGAGAGGAACCGGCUGAAGGCAGUGCCCAAAAUGAAGGAGCUCAGAAAAACCCCAUCUGAAGAAUUCACCGAUAGCUUGAAAACGAAAUCUCAGUACUAUGAUCUGCUUGCACCAAAUAAUCAGGAGACUUGGAACAUCUGUAAGGAAACAGCAGGACAGGAGGAAGUGGGACAAGUGUCAAGACCAGCACCAGCCCCCGAAGAACGGAAAAUCCAGUCACCCUGCAGUUCUUCAAGAAAUAUUGAACAAAUGUUGGCAGACUCUAUCAGUAGUAUGAAGGCAUAUGGAUUUCACCAGAAGGAAGAAUCUGUGAAGAAAAAACAAGAUGAAGAAAUGAAACAAAUAGAUGAAGAGAGAACCAAGCAGAUUUAUAAAAACUGGAAAGAAGAUUCAGAGUGGCAGGCAUCUUUGCGAAAAUCCAAAGCUGCUGAUGAGAAGAGGCGCUCCUUGGCUAAACAAGCACGAGAAGACUAUAAGAGGCUGUCCCUGGGCGCCCAGAGAGGGAGAAGCGGGGAGCCCCUGAAUGUUCCACAGAAACCGAAAAGACCUCCCCUUCCACCCAAGCCUCAAUUCCUAAACCCCGCGAGACACCCUCCGAAACCUCUUAGAAAUCAGGGCGUGUCGAGGAUGGCAUCCACCUGUGCCCAGGAAGAUAUCAUCCGCUGGUUUAAGGAGGAGCAGGUGCCACUCCGAGCAGGUUACCAGAAGACCUGCGACACCAUAGCUCCCUGGUUCCAUGGAAUUCUCACACUAAAGAGAGCAAAUGAGCUCCUGAGCAUGACAGGCGUGCCGGGCAGUUUUCUGAUCCGAGUCAGUGAAAGGAUGAGAGGCUAUGCCUUGUCCUACCUGUCGGAGGAAGGCUGCAAACAUUUCCUAAUCGAUGCUUCUGCAGACUCGUACAGCUUCCUGGGCGUGGACCAGCUGCAGCACGCCACCCUGGCAGAUUUGGUGGAAUAUCACAAGGAAGAGCCCAUAACAUCCCUGGGGAAAGAGCUCCUUCUCUAUCCCUGUGGUCAGCAGGACGACAUGCCUGAUUACCUGGAGCUCUUUGAGUGACUGUCUCCAUCUGGGUCAUCCUCCAGCCUCUGGCUGGGCUUUCCUCUGGACAAACAGUGCUGAAAUGGACAUUUGUGUGUGAAGCCAAAAUACCCCUGCAGCAGAGCCAGUGCUGAUCAAGCAAAAGUGUCUGUGGAGUCCUCAUUGAAAUCUCUCUUCUGCACAAACGCUGGAGUUUCAUGUUGGGAGAAAAUGACCUGUAUCUCAUAUGCACUCCAAAAAUAAAGGCAGAAGGGUCCCAGUUUCAGCAACUACCUAACAUGAAGGAUAUGACCUUAAUGAUAUAUUUAAGACAAAACGAACAAAGAAGAAAUGGAAACCUUUUAGGAAUUAAGGUGUACUUCAAAAACCAGCUGCUUGUGUGGAGUAUUUUAUGACCACUACACUCUCUCUUUGCAUCAUCUCAAAUUGUGUCAGGCUCCUGUUUGUAUGAAGUUGCACAUUGGCCUUGGCACGCUGGCAAAAAAGCCUUUAUUGUGGCUGAGAUUGUCCUCAAAACACACCUCAUUUCUUGUGCGUGGUGCAGCCAGGAUGUGAGAGACAUAGAAAAGCAGAAGUUGUGAAUGUAAACGGAAUAAGACUUUUUAAAAUGUACGAUGAUAGACUUGUGUAUAAAAAUACAUAUGGAUGGGAGGACAGUGGGCAAAGAUCUGUGAGUUUGUUUCCUCAUUCCGGAGAAUGGGGACAGCGCGUGCCCUACCUGCUCUAUCCCGUAGUGUCCCCCAAAGGAUGAAGCACGUGCACAUGUCAGGUGUCAUUUAUUAAGAGGUGCGUAGAACAGAGCAGAGAAGGUGAGCUGUUGGGUCACCUCUUGUGGGUUGAAUUGUCUUCUCCUUAAAGAUAUGUUGAAGUCUUAACCCCGAGACCUGUGCAUGUGACCUUAUUUGGAAAUAGGGUCUUUGCAGAUGUAGUCAUUACAUCUUGAACAGGAACCAAGGAGGCUCUGAGCCACCGGAGAUUGCUUUUUCUGGGAGGGUGGAGAUGUGUGUAGCUAAGGCCUAACCCUGUGUGUUGGCAUUCUUUUAAAUUACCUUUUAAUGAAAGCUGAAUGAUAAUCACAGUUUGUUCAUGAGCUUGGUUGUGUAAAACACUCAUUGACAGUGUAAAGUGUAACCAGAGAAGAGGUGGGUGUGCGUGUUUUUAUUAUUUUUAUUGUACAUAUUUAUGGGGCAAAGAGUGAUAUUUUGGUACAUGUAUACAAUGUGUGAUGUUCAAAUCAGAGCAAUUAGUAUGUUCGUCAUCACAAACACCAUUUUCUUUGUGUUGAGAUUACUUAACUCCUCUCUUUUAGCCAUUUGAAAUUAUACAAUAAAUUAUUGUUAAUUACCGACACCUAGCACUGCUAUGGAACUUAU